AUGAUGAUGAGAGGCAACAAUCGUUCUUCUUCUGGCCCUUCAAACUGCGUCAGGAGAAAGAGUUCCAGUUCUUCAAAUUUCAAGGCAUCCAGACAGAAGGUUGCUCCCCCAAAGAAAAGAGAUGUUCACUCCACUCUCAUGCAGCAGGGUAUUAUUCAAAGGGUCGACACUAAACAGCUUAUUGAAAAACUCGAUGACAGGGAAAUACCAGGGUCACUGAAGAGGCAGAUCAAACGUGAAAUCGAGACCCGACAACAUGAAGAAGAUGAAGCCGUCGCGGCCGCUGCGGCUGCUGUGAUUCUGGAACAAACACCGCAACUACCACCUCAACCUGCAACAGCCUCUCCCUGGUUAAUUGAUAAGUUAUAUGACAAACGUGGACCGGAGCGAGCCAAGGCAUUGGCCGGAGUUAUUGCACUGCUGAACCAAGAUUUGGAUCAUGACGACCUGAAAAAGAGAUAUGUCGUGGAACUUCUCUACCGAUGCUUAAGUGGUGUGAAGAAAGGCUCUACCAAAGAGGUUCAGAAUGCAUUGCAAGUAAUUGGGUUGCUCUCAAUCAUCGUGGAUUGCGAAGAAAAGAUUGCUGAGAUCUACAGGGAGUUUCUUGCUGCAGCUUCCACCAGUUCUUGUCUAAAGAAGGCUGGAACCAACACAACGAAGAUGCUAGAAUGCUUGGGCGUUGUUUCCUUUUUUGGUGCGAUUAACGCAGAGGAGACUCAAGUUGCAAUGAAGGUUAUUUGGGACUUCUUGAUAAAUCUCAAAUCUGAAUCCAACAGUAAUGAUGUGAUCAACCGAAAGAAGCAAUCGCAGGAGAUUCUUGUUGCUGCAAUAAAUUCUUGGUGUUUUCUUCUUACAAGCAUGGAAGGAUGGCGACUGAACCAUGCGUAUUGGAGAGGUGCAAUUUCAUUCUUCAUGGACUUGUUGGACAAUAACGAUGAUAUAAAAGUUCAUGUUGCAGCAUGCGCAGCACUAGCACUUAUCUUCGAGAUCGAUGCUCUUGACAAAUUCUGGAAUGGAGCAACUGAUUCAACCUUGCCGUACUCACAGCUGCGAGAGACACUCAGGUUGAUGGUUUUGGAGAAACUGAGCAGUCUUCACAUGAACUCAAAUGCUGUGGAGUACUUCGAGACUCUUCAUAGCCCGAUGGCACGUCCAACUAUUUGUGGGAAAAAGCUGGAGUCGAGAUCAUGGUAUCAGGUGAUUCAGCUGGCAUUUCUGAGGAGUUUUCUUGGGAAAGAAUUUGAGAACUUCAUGACCAAGGAAAAGAAACUCCAAAGCUUUUUCGAGUUCAACCCGAAUAGUAAUAACAAUGUGGGUGCAGAACUGUUCGUGCCUACGGUCGAGGAGAUCAUGAUCAAGAUGAUCAUACCCGAAGGAGGUGAUUCACAAACUAUGACAGCAGAACAAAGGAAGAAGGAAAGGGCAUUGAGAGCUUCCAUUCAGGGCAAGGCCAAGACACAACUGAGGACGAAACACAGGCUAAUGUCAGAGGCAUUGAACUGCUGUGAUUGUUAA